AUCGACCAUUUCCUCUCGCGACAGUCUCGCUUUACGGCAGCGCCGCGCCGCGCUGUCCCGCGAGGGACGCACGACCGCUCCUCCCGGCAGGUUGAUGGGGCUCUCAGGGCCGCCUCGUUUUACGGCACCAUGGAACCGGGUCGGGGGGGCGCUUUACGGUAGCGUCCGGGGCCCUUUUCGCUUUUACUGCGCUCGGGGAACAGUCCCAGCCCUGCGUCCUCGCUUUACGGCACAGGGUGAAGGCUGCCAGCCGCCGGGCUUGACGACCGACUCACCACAGACCAGCUUUUGCGACACACCGGAGGGAUCGCUUUACGGCAGCGUGGCAUUUACCAAGAAGAACGGGGGCGGCUUCGCGUCACUGACGCUUUACGUUGACACGGCAGCGUCUGUUGCUAGGGCCCGCCGUGAACAGGCCCCGUCCCCGCGUCGCCUCUCGCACUUAGGCGGCAUCGGCUUUGUUUUACGACACUGUCGUGCUCCACCAAACCAGGAUGUUUUGCUUGACGGCAGCGUGGCCACAAUGCUUUUCCCCUCCUUGCAGCUGUUGCCCGGGCUCCGGGAGGGCGGGGCUGGGGAAGGGGGCGUGACGCAAUGACACCCAAUGGAAAUAGGAAUUGUCCCGGGGAAACCGUCAGCAACCGGCUAAUUAGUGCCAAUCCCUGGUGCCCUUUUAAUUAGUGCAAAUGACUGGUGCAAUUCACUAAGGGGCAGAACUGGUGCAAGUAUCAGGCGUGCAACGAAACGUCUAGUGCAAAGCGGUGCAAUGAAGCCGCUCGUGCACACAGUCGUGCAAGCGAUACUUUAGUGCAAGGGAGGGGUGCAACACAUUAGUGCAAGGGAGCGGCCCUCCACCCUGCUGCCCGGGCCGUCGUUUGCCCACCCCUGAGGGGGAUUAGCUAGUCUGCCCUCCGGCAGGUCACACGGAGCCCAACAAUUUACUCCGGAUUAAAGCAUCGGCCAGAAAAGGCAUCUGCUCCGGAUCGGCAGCCGGCAAGAGAGGGAGAACGCAGCACUGCCCUUGAGAGCGCUCGGCUGGUUUCGGAGCUUUCUCCGCGCCGGAGCGGGCCGGGGAGCCCGGACCUCAGUGGCUGGUUCUCUUCCCUCCGUCCAGGAUGACGGUGAAACUGGACUUCGAGGAGUGUCUGAAGGACUCUCCCCGGUUCAGGGCUGCUGUCGAGGGGGUGGAAUGUGAUGUCUUUGAGCUGGAGACUCGGCUGGAGAAGCUGCUGAAGCUCUGUGGGGCCAUGCUGGAUUCGGGGCGCCAGUACUGCGCCGCCAGCAAGGCCUUCGGGGUGCGCGACCUCUCCCAGCACGCCCAGGGGGACGCCAUGAUGAGCGAGUGCCUGGAAAAAUUCUCCGACAGCCUCAACCAAAUGAUUGACAACCAAGUGGAGCUUCUGGAUGUCACCCAGCAGUCGUCCCGGCAACACAUCCAUACCCUGGUGAAAGAGGACGUGAAGCGGUUCAAGGAGGCCCGGAAGGAGUUCGAGCGGGGCAGCGAGGGGCUGGCCAGCGCCUUGCACCACAACGCCGAGGUGCCGCGCCGGAAGCAGCACGAGGCCGAGGAGGCCGCCCUGGCCCUGCAGGCCGCCCGCACCAGCGCCCGCGCCCGCGCCCUCGACUACGUCCUCCAGAUCAACGUGAUCCAGUCCAAGAAGAAGUUUGAGAUCCUCCAGUUUAUGCUGGCGCUGAUGGACGCCCAGGCCUGCUGCCUGCAGCAGGGGCACCGCCUGGCGGAGCAGCUGGAGAAAUACCGCCGGGAGCUGGGCGCCCAGCUGCACCAGCUGGUCCUGGAGUCGGCGCGGGAGAAGCGGGACAUGGAGCAGAGACACGCCAUGAUCAAACAGAAGGACCGGUCCCAGGACGCGGCGGUGCUGGCGGGGCGCGGGGAGGCGCCGGACGGGGUGGUGAUGGAGGGGUACCUCUACAAACGCGCCAGCAAUGCCUUCAAGACGUGGAGCAGGCGCUGGUUCUCCAUCCAGAGCAAUCAGCUGGUGUAUCAGAAACGGGCCAAGGACGCGCUGACGGUGGUGGUGGAAGAUCUGCGGCUCUGCACCGUCAAGCCCUGCCCCGACCACGAGCGGCGCUUCUGCUUCGAAGUCGUCUCCCCCUCCAAGAGCUGCCUGCUGCAGGCCGGCUCGGACAGACACCAGCAGGCUUGGCUGACCGCCGUGCAGAACAGCAUCGCCUCGGCCUUCAGCGAGGGGCGGGCCGAGCCCCCCGGCCAGCACCCGGGCGCCCGGCCUCGCUGGCGGGCGCGGGUGCUGGACCAGGUGCAGCGGCUGGAGGGGAACGCGCAGUGCUGCGACUGCCGGGAGCCCGCGCCCGAGUGGGCCAGCAUCAACCUGGGCAUCACGCUGUGCAUCGAGUGCUCCGGCAUCCACCGGAGCCUGGGGUCCAUUUCUCAAGGUUCGCUCCUGACGCUCGACUCCUGGGAGCCGGAGCUCGUCAAGCUGAUGUGCGAACUGGGGAACGGAGCCUUGAACCGCAUUUACGAGGCGCGUGUGGACGAGAUGACGGUCAAGAGACCCCAACCCGGCUGCUCCAGGGCAGAGAAGGAGAGCUGGAUCCGGGCCAAGUACGUCGAGAAAAAAUUCAUCACCAAGUUGCCGGAGGCGCGGCUCAGCCGGGGGGGCCGCCGGGGCCCCUCGGACCGGGACCGGCCCCUCCGGCCCCCCCUCAAGCCCAAACCGGGCAGCCUCCGGGCUGGGAGGCGGCUCCCCGACCUGCGCAGCCUCCACCCGGGGGCGCUGCUCUACUGGGCCGCCGGCCACCAGAACCUGCCCACCAUGGCCGACGCCCUGGCCCACGGCGCCGACGUCAACUGGGUCAACGCCGCCGAGGAGAGCCGGACCCCCCUGCUGCGGGCCGUGGCUGUGAACUCCCUGCUGGCCUGCGAGUUCCUGCUGCAGAGCGCCAGGGCCAGGGCCGGCAGCGGACAGCGCGGGCCCCACCACCACGGGGCGGGGCCCACCCUGGGGGUAGGGCUGGGCCACACCGGGCUGGCCUGCCUGUUCCUCAAGCGGGGGGCCAACCUGAACGCGGUCGACGCGGAGGGGAAGGACCCGCUCUCCAUCGCCAUAGACACGGCCAACGCUGACAUCGUCACCCUGCUGCGGCUGGCCAAGAUGCGGGAGGCGGAGGUCGCGCAGGGACAGUCAGGCGACGAGACCUACCUCGACAUCUGGGACUUCUCCCUGAUGGCGUCCGACAACCCCGAGAAGUUGACCCGCCGGGACCUGACACUCACCACCCUCUAGCCCACCCCCCUCCGAGGAGGGGGGGCGCCGCCGAGCCACCAUCCCCUUGUGUGUGCGCG